AUGCCAUCUAUUGCUAAGACCUCGAAAAAGGCAGAUAUCAAGUCGAAAAAGCUGUCAUCAAAAGGCAAAGCUCCGGAAAUAUCUGUGGAACCACCACAACCUGUCGCGGAGGACAGCGACGAACAAAGCGGCGACGACGACAGCGAUGUGGAUGAGGAGGGUAUGAAGAAGCUCAUGAAAGCGUUGGGGGAUGACGGUCUAGAUGAAUAUGAGCAGGCGCAGCUGAUAGCUUUGACGGGGGAUGAGGAAGAGGAAGAGGUCGAUGAGGAGGAUGGAAGCGAGAGUGACGAUGGCGAGGGUGACCAGAGUCGCGAUACAGAGGCAGGAAUUGAAGAGGAAGGCUCAUCUGACGGUUCCGAAGACGAGGAAGACGAUCUCGAGGAUGCUGAGGAGGAACAAGUGGCCCUGGAUGGUGUCGAGUCUGUUGACGAAGACGCCGUCCCUCGUCAAAAAGUUGAGAUAGACAACAAAAUUGCUUUAGAGCGCAUUCGUGAUACAAUCAAGCUCGACCCAUCAAUAUCCUGGACAGAAACCUUGACCCUGUCCUAUCCUCACACGAUAGACGUAGAUGUGAACGACGACCUGAGCAGGGAGCUGGCGUUCUAUAAGCAGGCUUUGCACGGUGCAAAUGCAGCCCGUGCGCUUGCCGGAAAACAUCAACUCCCUUUCACACGACCAUCAGACUAUUUUGCGGAGAUGGUCAAGACUGACGCACAUAUGGAGCGCAUACGGCAAAGGCUACUCGAUGAAUCUGCAGGGAUCAAGAAGACUGAGGAGAAGAGGAGGGAACGCGAGGGGAAAAAAUUCGGUAAGCAAGUGCAGAUGGAGAAGCUGAAGGAGCGGGAACGUAGUAAGAAGGAGAUGGAAGAGCGAUUGAAGGGUCUCAAACGAAAACGCCAAGGAGCGCUCGACAACGCUCAGGCAGACGACGACGGUUUCGAUAUUGCGGUAGAAGAUGCCAUUUCUGGUCAACCCGAAAAACGCGCGAAGGGCAAGGACGGUAAAAGGCUCCCUCGUGACGCUCGCGAUAAAAAAUUUGGAUUCGGUGGCCAAGAUCGGAGGUCAAAGCAAAACACGAAGGCAUCCACAGAUGACUUCAGCUCUAGCGGCCGGGGGGGCAAGGGGGGUGCGAGGGGAGGUGCGAGGGGGGGCGCGAGAGGGGGCGCGAGAGGGGGCGCGAGAGGGGGCGCGAGAGGGGGCGCGAGAGGGGGUGCGAGGGGAAAGAGCCAGCGUCCUGGCAAGGAUCGGCGGAUAGCUGCGAAAAGUCGAUAA